AUGAAGACCAUUCUUUUCCCCAUAGCCCUCUUCGCUUGGUGCACGGCGCCUCAACUAACGGUCAUAUCGUUCGCGCAUUCGUUCUUCUGGAUCUGGCUCCACCUCCUGCAGUUCUGUGUCUCGAACCAGUACCUCUCUCCACAUGAAGACGCCCUUAACAAGCCUUGGCGGCCUAUUCCGGCUUGUAGGGUCACCAUUCGAGAAGCCACAAUCCUCCGUUGGCUUCUCUUACCUAUCUGUCUCGCUCUUUCAGCAGCCCAUCGAGUUCUCCCCAUAGGCGCGACACUUGCAAUAGGCAUCUUGAUGCAUAACGAGUUACGCCUGGACUCGCAUUGGUUCACUCGUAACGUUCUCAACGCGAUCGGUUACGCAGUUUUCGAUGCUGGCGCGACGGCCAUCGCUCGAACAGAUCCCUCUAACGAACUCUCCCCCAUGGCACUCUCUGCUCACUAUCUCAGCAUCGCGAUUGUUUUCACUACAAUCCACGCCCAGGACUUUCGUGAUGAGGAUGGUGACCGUCAGGCGAGACGUCGUACCAUCCCGAUUGUCAUGCCUGAGGUUGGCCGGCUGUCAAUGCCGCUCGGUCUUUUGGUGUGGUCAUUUACUCUGGGCAUGUUCGACCUACCGCCUAUCAUAAGCAUAUCGCUCGUUGCAAUGGGCGGACUGGUGGGACUACGCUUCUAUUGCAUGCGAACAGUUGACGCUGACAAAACUUCGUAUCUUCUCUACAAUCUCUGGCUUGCUACAGCGCGUAUAUCCCCGGUCUACGCUCAGCGAUGA